CUGGGGGGCCCGGCGGAGCCGGGGGCCCCGGGCAGCGGGGAGGCGGCCCGCCAGCCCCGGCGUUCAUCCCCUCGAGUAGGCGCCGUGAGGCGAUGCUCUCCCACAGCUCCCCUGAAAGCCUGAUUGCUUAUUUAUCGCACCCGCGGAGGCAGGAAUAGACCAAGUGAUUCACUUAGGGAUGACUGACGGAGCCAAAAAAACAGAUUUUGGGACUCAGAAGCUCCUUGGGUGGCUGUGGCAGCUCAUCUCUGACAGCGACAAGCCCUUUUGUUUCUUAAUGAGGUCCCCCGAUAAUAGCAGAAAUCCUGUUUUAUUAGCAGUAACACAACUGACAAAGCACCUUGCGCUUGCUAAAAGAGGUCGGUUUUCCUAGGAUUUGGAACACUGACUUCCAUUCCAGGUUACGUGUUACGUCAUGGGAAUAAUGUGAGCUAUUCUAGACACGUACUGUAAAUCUGAAAACAUCUACCGUGAUAUAAGUUUCAGAGUUGCUUCACACUCCUCAUUUUUAUCAGAGAAAUCACAUUUGGGGAAAUCGUUAUUUUCAUUAAGUAACACUAGUUCCUGUACAAGGGAGCUGAGGAUCCCGCUGGCAGGACAGGAACAAAGAAACGUGUAUUUUAAAAAAUGCAAGAGCUUGAGCAGUGGUGAAACUUAACUGUGGCGAUUGCAUUGAUUUCCACUGGAGAGCAGUAGAGGCUUGCACCGGGUCUUUUUCCCUCUUCUGGACUGAUUUAAGGCAGUAACUGUGCGUACACUGCCUUGGGUUUUUUAUGUACUGAGCUAGCGGGUCUGUGCAGGGGUGACAAAGAAGAAGAAAAGACUUCAGCCCCAUACGUUGGAUUUUUGUGUAAGUUCUGUUUAGACAUUAUCCUCCUAAGCUAAUAUUUAACAUAGUGCAGGCCAGGACAUAGGCAGUUAAAAUACACAUUUAUUUCUAAAUGCGGCAAAAGGAAAGAAAAGCUGUUUGCCUUUUGAUUAUGACCAAAAAUUAUAUCUUUUUAGUUAAAAAAUCUCAGAAAAGGCAUAUCCCCUACUCACAUCCCCUCAAGUGAAAUUUUCCUUUAAAUUCUAGGAAAUUAUCCCUAUCAAAAUAUUAUUUUUUUCAUAUUUCUCUUUAGCUGUUGUCCCCUGAGAAGAUGCAACUUCUCUGCGUUUGCGGGCUCUCUGCCAUGGGUCACAGCCUUCACUUGAUGCCGGAGCGUUGAGGGAAGCUGCCUUUUGGACUUUCUCUCUCCCUUUGGGUCAUGCACGGUUUCCCACCUGCCUCAGCGGGCCGUAUUGUGGAAGACACUGAGGGCCUUUGGGGUGGGGGUUAUUGACUCGUGGGUUUUUUACGGAGCCUGAAUAAAUCUUGCAGGAAAUGCACAAAGAGCCGAAGCUGAGAGGUAACCCCAUUCUGCUCUCAGGAGGAGGCUGGCAGGCCGUGGCUAAUCACAGUGGACUUUUAACCUAGACCUCACCGUGUUAUUCAUGCAUAAAACCACAUAAUGCGAGGCUGGCUCUAAACAACUGCAGAUUAUUGUGAGGAUAAAAAUACCAGUUGCCUGGAAUUGUAGUAGUGAUCCUUUUCUCUGUGUAGAGUUUUACAGCCGUUGCCACCACACUUGGCAAAUUGCACAAAUACUUUAGCUCAGAGGAUGUGCGCUCUGGUGGAUGGCAAAAAUGGGUCAAGGUGUCUGCUGACAGCCUUUAAGGGAAAUGGUCUCUGAGGAGAUACUAUUUUUCUGCUGUUUCUAUUAGCAAAAUUGAUAGACAUGGUUUUCUUUCGCAGCUGGAGCGAGUCCAUCACUGAGCAGGCAGGCUGUUGCCACUACAAUUGCGGUCAGACUGACGAGUACAGGACGAUGGCUUCCAUCUCCGAGCGCACCUUCAUCGCCAUCAAGCCCGACGGGGUCCAGCGGGGGCUGGUGGGAGAGAUCAUCAAGCGGUUCGAGCAGAAGGGAUUCAAACUGGUGGCCAUGAAACUGAUCCACGCCUCUGAAGACCUUCUGAGAGAACACUACAUCGACCUAAAAGACCGGCCGUUCUAUGAUGGUCUGGUGCAGUAUAUGCACUCUGGGCCCGUUGUGGCUAUGGUGUGGGAAGGUCUUAACGUGAUUAAGACUGGAAGGGUGAUGCUGGGGGAAACUAAUCCAUUCGAUUCAAAGCCUGGCACUAUUCGUGGUGACUUCUGCAUUCAAGUUGGAAGGAACAUCAUUCAUGGAAGUGACUCUGUAGAAAGUGCCGAGACAGAGAUCGGUUUAUGGUUCACUCCUGAAGAAUUGGUUGAUUACAGAAGCUGUGCUCAUGAGUGGAUCUAUGACUAACUGAGCCUGUACCUUCUGAUAUCCUUACUGUCUGUAGAGAGCUGCUAGCCUCUAGCUGUUUCAGAGCCCUGCGUAGAAACUGGGGGAAAACCCGUCUCAGAAAUCUGUGAGAUUCCUCUGUUAUGAAUAUUAAGUAUAGUCAGUGUUUGCUGCUGCUUUGGUUAAAAAGCUGUCAAGGUAUAGACGGAAUUCUCCUUUUAAAAAGCUGCUUUCGGCUGUGAGAGACAUGAUAUUAAAACACAGAGCGUAUAAUGCGUAUAUUUUCCUGAAACAUGCUGUAGUCAAAGAGGGUAUUUUGAUAAAUAGAAAAAAAAUAGGUUAAAAUGUAUUUGGUAAAUAAAUAUGCAAAUGGCUCAGGGACAGAGGCUGUUAAAAUUAUAGGGGACAACUGGCAGUAUGCAAACACACUCAUAGCAUGCCCAAAUGUUGAGGGUUGAAAUUUAUGUCAAACAAAUCCCCGCACACGAAGCGGCUGUAGGAAAAAGCUUAUUUGUUUCCCUCUCCAGAACACGCCGUGCCUGUGCACAGGGCACGGCUUUGAUGAAAACGAGCACGUUCCUCUAGAUUGACACCAUUUCAACUUGCUUUUUUUUUCCCCACAUGGGAUUUAUUUUGCAUUUUAAGGCAGGAUUAAUAGGCCAGGCUUUCUGAAAUGCCAUUUUAUGUGAAAAGAAGAUUAACGUGAGGAUGUGGGAGGGCAAUGUACCUUCAGCCACGUCACUGUAGCAGUCUUCUGAGUCGCACAGAGCAACCCGGAGUGAUGUUUGCUUUACUGACCAAACAGCUGAUAAUUUGCUAUGUUCUUAUCUGCGUCCUUUCCUGAACAGUUGGAAGUACAAAGCCAGCUGUUCGCGGAGAAGGUGUGUCAGAAGGGACUGUAGCGUUGGUAUUUUAAAUGCAUUUAGUCACGUAAAGAAACACAGACAUAAUAACAAUGUAUUUCAGGAGAGGUGUCUGCUUCUAUUAGAGAAAACUAUCAGCCUCUCGCAGAAAUUUCAACAACAAAUAUUCCCUGGCUCUACUGGGCGAGGAACGAGAAAUGUGUUGGGGUCAAUAUUAUGUAUUUAUUUACCUGCAACAGUGUAUUCAUUAAAAGUAAGAGUUUCACUAA